AUGCGGUAUUGUAAGCAUACCCAUUGGCUCAGCUUAGCCACGAACGACGGCGAUGUUUUCCUACAGAGCACUGAUAGGCUUAAUACCCUUCUAGAGGAUCUUCCAGACCCAGACGAACAGUGCCCAAGUCUCCUUGUAUUUAUUGGAAACAAAUCUAAGGCCAUGGCUAUAAAAGAGCUCGCGAAGACAUUCUCUCCGCCGCCAAGAUACGGCCGUGACCCGAGCUGCCAAUCCCAGCACGAUGAUGAAUCCAGUGAGAGGGGCCAGGCGAACUUGAAUGGCAGACGGGCACACGGGGAGAUACAUCUCCAUAUUCACACACCAAGUGCCUUUAGCAGCAGGCCUAUCCUACUUGCGGAGGGAGACCUACCUGUCCUGGAUAAGCUAAGAAGCGCGCUGGUUGCGGAGAAAUGUCACGAGACCUCUAGCAGGCAGCUUAACACAGGGACCUUAGCUACCCCUACCUUAUCUGAAUCCGCUGACAAGGUCUACUUCAGGCUUCUCUCGCCGUUUACCGACGUCUUCUGCUUCUUCGCAGAUGAUAUUGGGAAUUUCAGGCCUAUUGUACAACGUCUAGCUCUUUGGCUAGAUUUGGGUCAGCCAUCUACUCUUCCAAAGUCUACUCGCCCAAAGGUCUUAAUCGUGACCGAGCAAGGAAAGGAUGCUCAAAGCGAUAACGAGUUAGACUUGAGAGUCUUUAAACAGAUGUUGAACGAAGAGACAACAAUGGAUGUCUCGGAACAGUUCUCGGACAUACGGCUUCUUAGCUUGCCAACGCGCAAGGGGGAUCUCUCGAAUAAAGCGCGCCAUCGAGAAUUGUUUGAGCAUUUGCUAAACUUCUCUGACCAAGUUCGGGAAGCCAGGAUAAAUACACAGACACUAUUCUCUGCUCAUCACUUUGCUGCCUUUUUCUACUAUGCUUUAAAUCACCUGGCAGCAACUUCCGUAGAGCCCUUUAAUUUCGUUAGCACGUCACGAAUCGGGAACACAGUAGCACGCAAUCUGAAGGAGCACCUUAUAGACUUCCUUCACAAUAUUAAGACUCCUCGCAAGUUAUUAGAGUUUGCAAUCCCCGUUAUUGCUUCUAGCAUUCUUCUCGAUAGCCAUCCACCGGAUAUGCAUCCCUUUAGCCCUCUAGAAGUCUUUCGGACGCUCUAUAAAGGGAUAUGCUAUCAAGUCUGUCGAGCUGGGGUUCUUGUCCAUGAAGGCUCAUCACACUUAAUUCUCCCGUCUGGCUUUGUCAAGCUGCUUGAAGACCAAUUCGUAAAGCAGGUGAACGCAUUUCACAGGCUAUCUAAUAGCUCAAGCGCUGAAUGGCAUCAAGGAAAGCUCUCUGAAUUUACGCACGACUGGCUCACCCUCUUUUCUAAUGACACCUGCUUUGUGUGCAUGGCGGGAAGGCCUCAACACGGUCUCCCAUGCGGACAUAUUAUAUGCGACACCUGCAUACGGAGAUUCGGGGCCCAGCGUGACAACUGGACUUUCGAUGUCCGUCGAUGCUUUCUCUGUAGACGGGAGACGUUAGGGGUCAACAUAAAAGUCAAGCCCCCUACCGCUACUGCCAGACUCUUGAGCAUCGAUGGAGGUGGCGCAAGAGGAAUAAUUCCCCUGGUCUUCUUACAAGCCUUAGAAGAGAGGAUUGGGCUGCAAUAUCCAGUUCAGGGGAAUUUCCAUUUUGUAUUUGGUACAAGUUCUGGCGGAAUUAGCGCUCUUGCUUUGUGUCACAAUGGAUGGUCUAUAGAAGACUGCAUUGACCAUUUUGAACGGUUAGCCAAACAGGCGUUCAAACUUCACCAUUUCUCAUACUUUCGUUGGUUCUCUCAGCUUCGAGCAAUAUUAAUCUCCUUGGUUACCGAUGGAUUCUACCCAGCUCGCAAUCUGGAGGCUGUCUUACAAGAAGCCUUCGGUAGUAACAAAAGCAUCCUUGACUACUCAAGUGCAGCAGCUAUGGGUACAAAGAUUGGGAUAACCGUCUCUACAAUGAAGCCAGCACCGUUUAUCUUCACGAAUUACAAUGGAUUGGGAGAUCGAGAAGACAAGAAGUAUAAGAACUAUGGUGUUUUACUAGGCAAUGCACUAGUGUGGGAAAUUGCAAGAUCUACAUCCGCGGCCCCCGGGAUCUUUACCCCAAAGAGCAUUGCGGGCCUUGGAAAGUUUCAAGAUGGUGGUUUAAAGUACAAUAAUCCAAUUAAGCUUGCUUUAAAAGAAAUAAAGGCCCUAUCUCCCGAUGAUCCCUCAGUAAAGAGAUCUACUUUGAAGGUUUCUUUAGGUACUGGAAAAGCUCCCGACAACGAUCCUGAGAUGUAUGGCUCGAGUUCUUGGUGGCAAGACCUGUGGUUUUUUCGCCUUUUUCGAGCCCUCUGGUCAUCUAUUGACGGCCAAGAAAGUAGUGAUGCUGCCCAUGGAAGGGAGGCAAAUAGCUAUGCGGAAGAACUAAAAACUGGGGGGAAGAGAAGGCGAGGGGAGUAUUUCCGAUUUAACGUCGAAUUUGGUGGCCGGGAGCCUAGGCUGGAUGACUCGAGCCAGAUGCCAGAAAUGAAGACCCUCGCACGAGACGCAAUGCUUCACUCGAAACAGUUAGACAGGCUUGCGCACUGUAUUAUUGCAGAGCUCUUUGUGUUCGAGUUAGCAUUAGAGAGUGUUCCCAGAAAGGAGAAUGGCCGAUAUUCAUGCACUGGUUUUAUUUUGUGUUGCCACCGAGCUGGUACUCCUGCAUUCGAGGGGCUACUAGGUAGAUUGUCAAAAUCAUCAGCAAAGUUUCUCCUUAGAGGUCGCACACUUCCCGGCUCUGUUCGGGAUCGCUCGUCACUGGCAAGGGACGGUAACUUUAGGAAGAGGGUAUGUUUUGAAGUUGAUAGCAAACAAGACUUAGUAUCACUCCAUCUUCGGGAAGAGGACUCGGAAUCAUAUAAUAUCAGUGGCUCUCCGUUUUCGGUUGACUGGUUGAUCGAAGCGCAAGGAUUGGGACGACAGUUCGGCAGGGUGGAUCACGUGAAGAGGAAGCGUAAGGAUCAUGAUGAGGGAUUACAGAGGAAGCGCCAACGGAUAUGA